AUGAGCCUAGAACAUGAAUUGGCAUGGCAUUACUUGAACUAUUCGCCACCGACUGGGACAUGGACAUUUGUUUUUCACGAAACCUGCUGGCAGCUGUUACUCCGAAAGGUUUCCUUGUCGAGAGAUAGCCAGACUGAGCCGCAACGUAUCGCAGAACUUCUAUUCCGGCUUCUCUACUGUCUGCCGUAUGACCGCUUCAAAGUUCCUUGCCCAAACCAUGAUUUUGGUGGUGCCCUAAAAUUCUGGACGUCACCCUUGAAUCUGUCUGGGCCUCGGAGCUUCUUUCUGGCCGACCCUAGCACACUCACUCUUGGUUCUGCAGUCCAGGCACCCAAAGAUGUUUCCGUACCGCUUCACACCACAUCUGACUUUCAGGUUUCUGACGAUAUAUUCGCAAGACUUUCACCCGAAAUCGUUCAAUUGGUAAUCGCCAAGGCGGAAUCAACAGACCUUUGCAACUUGCGACUUUCAUCAAAGUUUGUAUCGAAGCUGACUAGAACUGACCAUCUCCCGCAGCACUUCUGGAAAAGCCGCUUUUCGGUUGAUAAAGAGAUGGGGUUCUUUCCAUUCGAUCACGAGCUUUACCGACAACCAAACUCCCAGAUCAACUGGCGAAAACUUUACUUUGACUUGAAGCGUAAUUUACGCGACGAGACAGAAACUGGUCACACGCGCAACCGCCGCCGAAUUUGGCUAUGCCUCGAUGUUGUGGCUAGACCGUUGAUGCCACUUCUUGACCAAAACCUAUGUCUUCAGGACCGCCAAAGCGUAGAGCAUGAUGUGGUUUCGGAACCCUACGAGCUCGGGCAAUUUGUACGGACCCCGACAAUAGAAGAUGCUCAUGAUUCUCUUCCAAGCGAGAUGGGUGCACGGUGCUUUGGAUAUCAGUACAUUGUCUUCGGUCAGAGAAACCUGGGAAUCGAAUCGAGGAUAUCCGUGUCACGCAUUCUGUUUGACGGGGCAUAUUACGUAUCCGGUAUGAGAGUCUCUAAACGGAGCCACGGGAGCAGCUUCAAAGAGAUCUCUCGUGUUGGUUACAUCGUACCUCAUUCAGAAGUUGACUUACAUCUCGGUGCAAGCCAUCGCUUGACUGAGAUGCGGGUCGCCGCCUCUGCAACUGGUAUAACUGGUCUAGGUUUUUGUAUCGACGAUGGGACCGAUGCCAUUGCUUGGAAGAACAUAGGUGUUGUAACUGACGUUCCUGACGGUGUUGGACUAGGAACUUUGAAGCCGAAAUUUAAAUCCCGGUUGUGCGGCGCAAUAAUCGGUUUCGAUGUAUGCAAAUUUGUAUCAUUUCAGGCCCUCGAAGAAGGGAUAGAAAGCACAGACACGCAAGUUGCUGCAACGAAAGUAUCAGGUACUAUGUCUGGGCUUUGGCAUCCCUACGAGCCAGACACCUCCGUGUAUGGAGCCAUUCAUCCCUCUGCAGCCAAAGAUAAGCAGACAGUCAACCAGCUAUAUCUUUUGAAUAUGGACUUCGGGGGCCCUGGAGGAGCCCUUAUUUCACGUCUCAGCCGAAUCACUGCUUUACACGAUGACCAGCACGGCUCCUUCAGAGGGUUUGUCUUUUCCUAUGCAGAUGGCCGUACCAAGAGUUACGGUACAAGGACAAUCAUAAAUACUACAAGUGACCGUUCUACUUGUAUUGGGCAAUCCUCUUAUAUAAACGGACCCGGAGGCGAAAGGAUUGUUUCUCUAGAGUUCGCGCCGGACGCGUCCUCAGAGACUGAGAACAUCAGUGCGAUUAAGCUAAGAACCACCCAUGACCGGAUUUUGGAAUUCGGGAGGACGUGUUCCUCGGGUGAAGAAGCCGAGCAUUCAUGGCAAACAAUUAUCCCGCCUGCCGGGAUGUCCAUUUCCGCAGUACUUGCCAGAGUUCAGCUGCGUUCAGGGGUACUCCAAUCACUAGGUGUACAGUACGUGACUGAUUCAGCUGCUAAUCCCUCGAAAUCACCCUGCACAGCUACCGGUGUGGAACACUGUAAUCCACAUGGUUUCAAAAUGGAUAAAGACAGACUGGAAAUGGCACCCAGAUCUCUACAGCGCUCCGAGGGCUGCUUUUCCUCUGUCAUCCUAUCCGGAGUACGGCGCAUAGGUGUGUCAAAAGGUCUACCAGGACGAACGCGGGGGCUCGAUCACAUUGCCGGACUCUGCUUCGAGUUCUGGGGUUCAGCGUAUCCUGUUUACAUCGGCCAGUGGGAUUGUGAAGUUGGCUACCUUUCACUAGAGCAAGGUGAAAGGAUAUGUAGCUUCACCUUCUGGCAGCGGCAAGAAUCUUUUGCAAGCAGCAGUUCGAGAGAGAAUGCAGGGAGGAUCACCGGGAUCAAGAUCACUAAAACAGGACUUGGACAAAGAGACAUGGAGAUUGUCCUUGGAGAUAAACAAAAGAUGCUCCUGUACUCGUUUACGGAGAAUCCCUACGAGCGACUGAUGGGCCUAGCCUGGACCUUCAAUCGCGAAUGCGAUUACACUUAUGUUCUCACAGAGCCUUCAGAGCACUUCCCACGGACUUCUCUGACUUUGAGCAUCAUGACGCUGAGGACGAACAAGGCAGCUUAUGUACAGUCUCGAGAAUUCACGCCGCCUUUUGUCCCAGCUCUGGAAAGCUCUCUGGUUUCAUCUUCGAUUACGGUACUGGCCAGGUAUCCAGGACUGCAGGAUCCGCAGAUGGUGUCAAGGUUUCCUUUAGUCUUAGCAGCGAUGAAUGGAUAA